AUGGUAUCAGAUCUCGACGUCUCUGAGACCGCACUCGCUUCCGCUGCCCUCAUGGCAAACCCUGACACCAGCCUCCCUCUGACCUCCACGGCAGCCGGCGCACUCACAGCUUCAACUGCCGCUCUUGUGUCGCCUACUAUCCUCCCUCCUGGCUCCACUCCACAGCCUGUAAGCAUCGCCGCUGCCCUCGGCGCCGGCACAAGCCCAGGCGUCUCCCUGAGCUCGCCCAUGGCACCUCUCCCCACUGCCCGUGCUCUCUUCGAUGAUGAUGUGGCCGCCAUGUCCGUCGUCCGUGAUGCGGGCACCAUCCCGGUGACGGCUGCCUCUCUGCAGCAUAUCCGCAUCAAGGAGCACGUCCUCACCGCCCUCGACCUCAAGCGAAACAACUAUGGCCGGUGGAGCACCCUCUUCAUGAAGGUCAUCGGCCGGAACGGCCUCGAGGAGCACCUCGUUGCCAGCGCUGACCACAAGCUUGAGGACGCCGAAUGGAUGAAGGCCGACCUCACCAUUGUGUCCUGGCUCUACACCACCAUCAGCGAGGAGAUCCUCGACAUCAUCCUCGCGCCGCACGAUCCGGCUUUCGUGGUAUGGACAAAACUCUCAAGUCUUUUUCUGGACAACAUGAUGACUCAGGCCGUCUACAUGGAGGAGGAGUUCCGCAGUCUGCAGCAGGGCCACCUCUCUGUCACGGAGUACUACUCGCGCCUCAAGGUCCUCGCCGACGGCCUGCGUGACGUCGACAUUCAGGUCUCCGACCAGUCCAUGCUCUUCAACAUGCUCCGUGGUCUCAACCCUUCUCUCGGCCACGCCAUCCCGGUGCUCACCAUGCAGCAGCCACUGCCAUCCUUCAUGCGCGCCCGUUCGUAUUUGCUGCUCGAGGAGCAUCGCCAGGAGCAAGCCAUGCGUCGUCAAGCUGCCGCCGCCUUCUUCGUCGACCGCUCCGGCGCACCGGCACCUGCGUCCCCACAGGGCUCUCCUUCCAGCAGCAACAAGAAGAACAAGAAGCGCAAGACUGCGUCGACCUCUCCAGCCGGCGGCGGCUCGCGCUUCCCCAACUCGCCUGCCGCACCAUCCUGGCCACACGGCGUCAACCCGUGGUCUGGCACCUUUCAGGCCUGGCAACAGACACCGCGUGUGCCCGGCGCUGGCGUCCUCGGUCCCCGGCCACCCAUGGCGCCCACUGCUCCGCAAGCCUACAACGCCAACACCUCCAUGAUGGCGCCAUCCUUCAGCUCGGCGACGCCCACGGCUCCUGCUCUGGAUCCCAACUUCAUGGCGGCCAUGCAACAGAUGUCGCUCCAGAACAACGGCGGCGGCAGCGGCGACUGGUUCCUUGACACGGGCGCCUCGUCGCACAUGACAUCCAGCACAAGUAACCUCUCCUCCUUCUCCCCUUACUCUACCUCGUCUCAAAUUACAGUAGGUAAUGGUGCUCAUCUUCCUAUUACUGCAAUUGGCACUGCCUCUAUUUCUACUUCUGCUCGUCCUCUUUAUCUUCGUAAUGUACUUGUCUCUCCUAACCUCGUUAAGAACUUACUUUCUGUACGAACUCUCUCACGAGAUAACAACGUUUCUGUUGAGUUUGACCCGGCUGGUUUCUCUGUAAAGGAUCUGCAUUCCAGGGCGGCGAUUCUGCGAAGUAACAGCCCCGGCGAUCUGUACCCGUUGAUUCAUUGUGAUGUUUGGACCUCGCAUGUUGUGAGCUCCUCAGGAUUUACUUAUUAUUUAGUUAUACUUGAUGAUUACUCACAUUUUGUGUGGACUUUUCUCCUGCGCUGUAAAUCUGAUGCUCUUCCUUCCCUCCUCUCCUUCCACGCGUAUGUUGCUACUCAGUUUCGUCUGCGCAUUCUUGCACUUCAAACUGACAACGGCAAGGAAUUUGACAACGCCGCCCUCCGCUCUUUUCUCUCGCGACACGGCAUCCACCUUCGCCUCUCGUGUCCGUACACCUCGCAACAGAACGGCAAGGCGGAGCGCAUCCUCCGGACCCGCAACGACGGCAUGCGCACUCUCCUCUUUUAA